AUGGCGGCGGAGGCCGAGUACGAGUCCGUGCUGUGUGUGAAACCGGAAAUCAGUGUGUACCGGAUCCCGCCCCGGGCCUCCAACCGGGGCUACAGGGCCUCCGACUGGAAGCUGGAACAACCGGAUUGGACGGGGAGGAUGAGACUGACAUCCAAGGGAAGGUGGCCUUCAUCAAACUGGAGGACAAGGUGUCAGGGGAACUCUUCGCUCAGGCACCGGUAGACCAGUUUCCCGGAAUCGCAGUGGAGACCGUGACUGACUCCAGCCGCUACUUUGUGAUUAGAAUUCAAGAUGGGAAUGGGAGGAGUGCGUUUAUCGGUAUUGGCUUCUCUGAUCGGGGGGACGCAUUUUGACUUCAAUGUUUCAUUACAGGAUCAUUUCAAGUGGGUGAAGCAGGAGACGGAGCUGUCCAAAGAGCCUCAAGGACAGGACAAUCACCCCAAGCUGGAUUUGGGUUUCAAAGAGGGUCAGACAAUCAAAUUAAACAUUGGGAACAUGAAGAAGAAGGAUGGUCCAUGCAAGCCUCGAGGAGGUGUUGGAGCUGGUGCGAUUGGUCUGCUUCCACCCCCUCCUGGUGGUAAAAUCCCAGCUCCCGCUACCCCUUCAGUACCUGUUGCAAACCAUGUGACUCCUCCACCUAUACAGCCCAGCAACACCUCCACCAGCCCAGAUAUUCUGCUAGAUUUGGGUUCCCCUCUUCCAGCACCUAAAGCCCCCGCCCCAUCAGCAGAUCUGUGGGGUGAUUUCAGUACUGCCAGCAGCAGUCUGCCCUCUCAGGCUCCGCAGUCUUCUAGCUGGGUUCAGUUUUAA